UUUUUGCCGCGAGUUUACCCACCCGACAACGUCCAUGCAGUUACACACGACACGUGGCGAGCUGCCCGCGCUUCCGCUUGGGAUUUCUCCAGACUCUUCUCUUCUCUUCUCGUCAAUCUGUCAGCUUCUCGAAUUUUCCCAACCGUUCGCCGACCUCCUCAUUUAUAUGAUUAUAUCCAUCUCUCUUCGACCACCCUCUCUGCCGAGAGAUUUCUUCGUCACCUUUCUCCACUUUGAAGCUAGCUCUCCAUCCAUUCGUUCAAUUUCCAACGCGAGACUCAUCAGAAAGAAAUGGCUAGCCUGAUGGAUCAUUUGUUCACCAUCCCUGAGACCAUGGAGAGGUUCAUAUUCCCCACCACUCCGACUCACUCCGGCAACCACAGAGGCGGUGGGGCCGCGGCGGAAGCAUCUGCUCACAUUCACGCCGACGUUCUCGACUGUCCGAAGGAGUACGUCUUCUACCUCGACGUCCCGGGCCUCUCCAAGUCAGAUAUCCAGGUGACGGUGGAAGACGAGAACACGCUGGUGAUCAAGAGCAGCGCGAAGAGGAAGCGGGAGGAGGUGGACGGAGGCGUCGGCGAAGGAGAAGGCUGCAAGUACAUCCGCCUGGAACGGCGGAGCCCUCAGAAGCUGAUGCGGCGGUUCCGCCUCCCGGAGAACGCCAAUGUCUCAGCCAUCUCCGCCAAGUGCGAGAACGGAGUGCUGAGGGUUGUCGUCGAGAAGCAUCCUCCGCCGCCCAAGCCCAAGUCCUUCCAAGUCGCCAUCUCCUGAGACGAAUCACCAAUUUCACGUGGCUGCACUAGAGGAAUAGUAGUAGUAACCAGUAGCUCUGUUUGCUCCUCUGUUUUUCCGCUCCAAUGUUGAACGGCUUAAAUUACGGUGUACAAUCAACACUUGAUAUGUAUAAAAAGUGUUCGAAAUCAAUCAAUCAAUCAAUCGUCGUUUUCUGCUUCUUCUUU